AAAUGCAGCGUUUCUGCCUUGCGUCAUUGCGCUUGCGCAGUUUGAUGAUGCGCGUGACACCGGAUCAUACCUGCACAAUAUGGCGGCGUCGUUACAGCGGUUCACGUUUGUUGGCAGAUAUUUGUUACAAAAGCAGUUACAGAAGACAAGUUCCAUAAGCAGGCUUUCAAGUGGAACACACCGGUUCUUAGCUUCCCAAGUUGCACAGCAGGUGGCGCUAAAUGUUCCUGAAACCAAGGUGACCACUUUGGAUAACGGGCUCCGGGUCGCUUCUGAGGACUCGGGGCUCUCCACAUGCACCGUGGGCCUCUGGAUAGAUGCAGGCAGUCGUUAUGAGAAUGAGAGGAAUAAUGGCACAGCACAUUUCCUGGAGCACAUGGCAUUUAAGGGCACCAGGAAACGCUCCCAGCUUGAUCUGGAGUUGGAGAUCGAGAACAUGGGUGCACACCUGAAUGCCUACACAUCCCGGGAGCAGACUGUGUACUAUGCCAAGGCCUUCUCCAAGGAUCUGCCAAGAGCUGUGGAGAUCCUUGCUGACAUCAUCCAGAACAGCACGCUGGGCGAAGCCGAGAUAGAGAGAGAGCGAGGCGUCAUCCUGAGAGAGAUGCAGGAGGUGGAGACCAAUUUACAGGAGGUGGUCUUUGAUUACCUGCACGCGACGGCGUACCAGUCCACAGCACUCGGCAGGACCAUUCUGGGCCCCACUGAGAACAUCAAGACGAUCAACAGAAGUGACCUGGUGGAGUACAUCACCGCCCACUACAAAGGCCCCAGAAUAGUUCUGUCUGCUGCCGGAGGUGUUUCACACGGCGACCUUAUCAAUUUGGCCAAGUAUCACUUUGGAAAGCUUCCUGGCAGGAAUGAGGGCGAAGCUCCGGCUCUUCCUCUGUGCAAAUUCACAGGAAGUGAGAUCCGCAUGCGUGAUGACAAGAUGCCUCUGGCUCACAUCGCCAUCGCCAUUGAGGCGGUCGGCUGGUCGCAUCCCGACACCAUCCCCCUCAUGGUGGCAAACACACUAAUCGGAAACUGGGACCGCUCCUUUGGUGGAGGCGUGAAUCUGUCCAGUAAACUGGCACAGAAGGCAUGUCAGGGAAACCUGUGCCACAGCUUCCAGUCCUUCAACACCUGCUACACUGACACGGGUCUGUGGGGGCUCUACGUGGUCUGUGAGCCCAGCACCAUCGGCGACAUGAUGCACUUCACUCAGAUGGAAUGGAUGUCCCUCUGCACCAGUGUGACUGAGAGUGAAGUGGCUCGGGCCAAGAACCUGCUGAAGACCAACAUGCUCCUACAUCUGGACGGCUCCACCCCCAUCUGCGAGGACAUUGGCAGACAGAUGCUGUGCUAUGGUCGCAGGAUCCCUCUGCACGAGCUGGAGGCCAGAAUCAAUGCAAUUGAUGCCAACACCAUUAAGGACGUGUGCUCGAGAUACAUCUACAACAAAGCUCCUGCAAUCGCAGCAGUUGGUCCAAUUGAACAGCUGCCCGAGUACAACCAAAUCCACAGUGGAAUGUUCUGGAGAAGGUGAACCUGACAU